GGGGCGGGGCGGGCUACCCGCAGGUGUUGCGCGGGGGGAGGGGAGAGAGGCCCGUGCUUCAGUAGCUGCUGAGCAGGUAGCUUCGUCGGUUCUCUCCCCCAACCCCUCGCUCCGAACUGACGCCGGGUCCUUCCCUCCUGCCUUUUCAGCCCCGGGAAGCGCGCUUCGGAGGGCGGGGGCCUCAUCUUGUCCCUCGUGGAGCAGGACAGUCGGGAGGACAGGGGUGGCGGUCGGUGGCGUGGCCUGAGGAAGGAAGCGGUUCACUGCAGUUGUAAAAAUGGAGUGGGAGAAAUAACUUGUGUGCAGAAGGAAUGAAGAGAUGAAUGAAAGUUGAAAUGUGUUGCUUAGGAGGAUGUGUCAAUGUGUGUGAAUUGUGCUGGCAAGUGGGCUUUGGAACUACAUCAUGGACUGAUGUCAAAUGUUGCCAAAAUAAUUCCUUAGGAAAAUUCCCAUGCUAUAUUUAAAAGAGGCCUGGUUUACUGCAAACCAAACAAAAAAACCAAAAAUCUACAUUCAUUGUGGGGAUUAGCAGCUUCUUCAUUUAAAUCAGUGACAUAAUGUUAUGAGUGCUGAGCAAGUUUCAUCAUUGUUGGGCCAAGGAACAACAAAAAAGUAUCAAAUUCCAAUCGAUCAUCUGGACUAUAAAUUCAUUGAAAAAUGCACAGAUGUAAAGUAUUUGGAAAAGAUCCUCAGGAUAUUAAGGUCUGGUGAGGAGGGCAUUUAUCCUGAUCUUAUAUCAUUUUGUGAAAAACACCUUGAGUCUUUGGCUCCAGAUAGCAGAGUACUGCGAAAAGAGAAACCUGCAGCCACUGCUUCUGAUUUUACUGCUGAGGAAUGGGAAAAAAUAAAUGAAGAAAUGAAGAGCUGGAUUACAGAAAUGAAAGAAGAGGAGUAUAAAAUUCGGUAUGCCACAACUGAAGUAUUCAGUGAGAAGCUGGAAAAUCUGCCACCAGUUCGUAGUUCAGAUAGCUGUCCUUCUACUAGCCAGAACAAAACUUCAAAAAACAGACAAUUAAAGAAAAAUAUACCAAGGGACUACAGUGAGUGGGAUAAGUUUGAUGUCGAAAAAGAAUGUUCCAAAAUUGAUGGAAGUCACGAAGAAAAUAAUUCUAAAGCCAGUUUUUGUAGUAAGACAAGGUUACCAAAAACAGCUAUAGACACAACAGGCAUGACUACAAAAGAAAAGAACUUUAUUGCUAAUCGUGAAAAAGAAAAAGGCAAUGAAGCAUUUAUCACAGGAGAUUACAAAGAAGCGGUUGUCUACUAUAUUAGGAGCAUAUCUGCAUUCCCCACUGUGGCUGCAUAUAAUAACAAAGCUCAGGCAGAAAUAAAACUACAGAACUGGCAUGUUGCUCUUCAGGAUUGUGAGACUGUAUUAAAAAUGGACUCUGGAAACAUAAAAGCUCUUAUGCGCCGUGCCACAGUGUACAGCAAUCUACAGAACUUCAAGGAAGCUGCAAACAAUUUGAAGAAGGUACUACAAACUGAGCCGGAAAAUGCUAUCGCUAAAAAAAAACUGUCAGAACUUGAGGAAAAACUGACCGAGUUAGAGGUGGUCCCUCAGAAUCAAAUCAAAGUGAAAAGAAUAUUUAUUGAAGAUAUAGAAGAAUCAGAUGGUGAAGGUGGAGGAAAUAAGGCAGAAUAUGAAAAUGGCAGUGGAGAUAAAAAAACUACUGUGCUAGUGGGAGGAGAGAUCACAAGUGAGAAGAUUGAAAUGGGGAAUGCACAAAAGAAGUUUCCCAGCAAAGGAGAUGGCUGUAAAUCGGAACACAGGGACGCACAAAAGCACAGGGACCCUUCGGAGAGUAGUGUUAAAAAAGGCACUCCUGAAAAAAGGAUGCCUAAAGUUUUGCAGGAUUGUAAUAGCGAUGUCAAUGGCUUUCUAAGCAAUGGUAAAAAUAACAGUGAAACUGGAGAAGUUAAAUGGAAGGAUGCAGAAUCCUCAUCAACUGCAAAAAGCAGUCCUACUCUGUGCCCUCCCACUGCAGCAACACUGAAAGCUGAAGGAAAUGAUUUAUUUAAGAAUGGACAGUUUGGAGAGGCUAUGCUUAAGUAUUCCGAAGCAAUUGAAAAUGCCAUCAGUUCAGGAAUCCAAAAUCCAGAGGAUCUAAGUAUUUUGUAUUCAAACAGAGCAGCAUGUUACCUAAAAGAAGGAAACUGUGUUGACUGCAUUCAGGACUGUAACAGUGCACUGGAACUUCAUCCAUAUUCUCUUAAGCCUCUCUUGCGUCGAGCAAUGGCGUAUGAGUCAAUGGAAAGAUACCGGCAGGCGUAUGUGGAUUACAAAACAUUACUUCAAAUAGACAGUGGGAUCCAGGCAGCAAAUGACAGUAUCAACAGGAUAACAAAAACUUUAAUAGACCAGGAUGGUCCAAAUUGGAGAGAGAAGCUCUCGCCAAUUCCAGUUGUUCCUGUUUCUGCUCAGUUACACUGGUGGGAUGGAGGAGGCUUUACUUCGCAGUCGAAACAGAAACCUGCAGCCAGGCAUCGAGAUCAACAACCCCAGAUUCCCAUUGGAAAUCCAGAAGAGAAGUUCAAGACUCUUAAGAAUAAAGGGAAUGAAUUUGUUAAAAAGGGUAAAUAUGAAGAAGCAUUGAUGAAGUACAAUGAGUGCAUGAAGUUAAAUUCCCAGGAAUGUACCAUCUACACUAACAGGGCCCUUUGUUUUUUGAAAAUGUUUCGAUAUGAAGAGGCCAAAAAGGAUUGUGAUUAUGUUCUUCAGAGAGAUGGCUCUAAUAAAAAGGCUUUAUACAGAAGAGCUCUAGCAUACAAAGGACUACAGAACUACAAAGCUAGUAUCGAUGAUUUGAAUAAAGUUCUUCUAAUAGAUCCAAGUAUUGAUGAAGCAAAGAAGGAGCUGCAGGAAAUAACACAGUUGUUUAAACUAAAAAAUGAAGCUAAAGAUACUAGCCAACAAAAGCAAAGGAAAAAAAUUGAAAUUCAAGAGGUGAAUGAGUGUGAGGAAGAGAAGACACAGACCUGCGCAUCAGCAGAUGUGACACUGAAUCACCACAACACCAAAGAUGAGCUUGAAACUACAGUGCCACUGAACAGCCCAGAAAAGCUGACAAUUUCUCAACCAUCAAAUGCCUAUGAAUUUGGCCAGGUUAUAAGUAUUCUGAAUGCCAAUAAGGACAUCUCUGCCUGUGCAGAGCUCUUAAUGGUGACUGAGCCGAAAGAGUUGCCAAGACUUCUAAGCAACAAAUUAGAAGGAGAUGUUUUCCUGCUCUUUAUUCAAGCCCUGCAAUCCAAUGUGUUUUGCCAAGACCUUGGGUUGGCUUACCAGCAUCUUCUCUAUCUGAGUAAAGCUGAAAGGUUUAAGAUGGUGCUGUCACUUCUUGGUAGGAAUGAAGUGGAACAGGUUCAGAAGCUGUUUGAUUCUCUUUCUAAAGAGCAAAACCAACAAUUUUCUUUAGAUGAUUUGGAGAGCCUUAAGAAAGACUUUGAACUGUAAACAACUUCGUGUUGGAAUUGCCUCUUGCAUGCAUUCCCCUUGAUGCUUGCAGGAUGGGCAUAUCAACUAUGCAGACUUGCAUGGGGAAAGUCAGUCUCUUAUCUGGACUGUUCAGUAUGCUGCAGUUUUGUUUGGUUCUGUACAAUACGUGCACACUGAAAACCUGUGAUUAUAUAUUGUAGUUGUAUAUAUUUUAUCCUGCAGGGUUAUACAUGUACAUCUUUACAUUUAUGAGCCUGUUUACUUAUUACUUGGCUCCUGCAAUUGUAUUUACAGUGAGACCGGGUGGAAGACUCAGACUUGUGUGUUUUCCCCCCCCUCCUCACCCCAUACCACUCACAAGGGCACAGAAGUUAACAUAGUAGGAAAUACCCUGUGGGCUGGUUCAGAUGGCCCAUCCCAAACACAUGGAGAAGGAGUGUGGACAUGUAUGUCUCCUCCCCAUCUGGCAUGCUGUCCUGCUGUUGCCUAACCAUGCAUUUAAAUAUGACAAUACUUAUUACUGUACCCUGCACAAUUAGGUGGCAGCAAGAUGGCAUGCUGGGUGGUGGAGGGGAGAGAUGUGUGCACCCACAGUUCUCUAUCACAUGUUUAGGACAGGCUGGUGGACGUAUAAUCUGAACUGAUCUUGCCCUGAGUUUGAGAGUAGGCGUGUGUCCGAACCGGUCCGGCGGCCAUUCUAUAGAAUGGCCGAACUGCCAGACCGGUUCUGCCCUGGUUGGUCCGGGUCCGGGUGGGGGGGGUAUUGCUUUAAGGGCGGGAGGGCUUGUUUACCCCUCCCGCGCCUCUUUGCCCCCGCCAGUGGCCGUAAUCUACUGUAAAAUUGGGGCGCUGGAAACCAGCCGCCCCAGCCGCCGCCGCUUCCGCCGUGCCCCCCCCGCGAGCAAAUUAGAGAUAAAAAAGGCUACUGCCUACAAGGAAAGGCUACUGCCGCCCUGCCGCCCCCCCACCCGCCACCCCCCCACGAGU